AUAUAUUUGAACGUUUCUACUUCAGUUUAUAGUUGGAAAGACUGGACUGCCAUCACACAUCCUGCGAUACACUCCAACAAUGACGUCUUUUGAUGAUAUUCUAGACGACAUAGGACAGUUUGGUUUGUUCCAAAAGCAACUGUUCCUUAUCAUGUGCUUCAUUUCUGCUGUCUUUACUCCAAUAUAUGUAGGCAUUGUCUUUCUAGGCUUUGUGCCUGACUUUAGAUGCAGUAAUCCUGCAAUUGAGGAGCUGAGGAGCAAAUGUGGCUGGAGCUUUGAACAGGAGAUAAACUAUACUGUCCCAUGGCUUGAUGACUCUACUCAAACCAGUCAGUGUCUUCAAUAUGAUAUUGACUGGAACAGGACAUCUCUGAGUUGUAUUGACCCAUUAGGGAAUCUUACAAAAUCUGGAUACAGCAACCUAACUCUUACCAGCUGUACAAAUGGUUGGGUUUAUGACACUACUGGGUCAUCCAUUGUGACAGAGUUUAACCUUGUAUGUGAUGAUGCUUGGAAGCUGGAUCUGUUUCAGUCACUUGUAAACCUUGGAUUUUUUCUUGGCUCUGUUUUUAUUGGAUAUAUUUCAGACAGAUUUGGCCGUAAACCAUGUCUAUUAACGUCACUCCUCAUCACUGCUAUUUUUGGUGUCCUUGUGGCAUUUGCACCAACAUAUCCAUGGCUUAUUACUUUUCGCUUCAUUCAGGGGUUAGUUAGUAAAGGCACAUGGCUGUCAGCAUACAUUCUAGUUGCAGAGUUUGUAGGCAUGGACCACAGAAGAACAGUAGGAAUUGUGUACCAAGUAGCGUUCACUGUUGGACUUUUAGCACUUUCAGGAUUGGCUUACAGCAUUACUAACUGGAGAUGGCUUCAACUGGUUGUCACUUUGCCAAACUUUGUCUUUUUAACAUACUAUUGGUGUGUUCCAGAAUCACCACGAUGGCUUAUCUCCCAAAACCGUAAAGCUGAGGCUAAUGAAAUUGUCAAGCAAAUUGCCAAGAGAAAUAAGAAAGAGUUUCCAGAUGCUCUACAAAGCCUGAUGGAAAAGGAAGAAACAAGCAAUAAGAAAGUUCCAUCUUUUGCAGACCUUUUUAGAACUACUCAGAUUAGAAAAUACACAUUUAUUCUUAUGUAUAUCUGGUUUUCAUGUGCUGUUAUAUACCAGGGCCUAAUAAUGCACAUGGGAAGUACUAGCAAAAACAUUUACUUCGACUUUUUCAUCUUUGCCCUGGUUGAAUUUCCUGCAGCCCUAAUAAUAAUUGUUACCGUGGAUCGUAUCGGACGGAGGUACCCAUGGGCAGUGGCGUGUAUAAUAACAGGGCUGACAUGUCUAGUUACUGCUUUUAUUCCAGAAGGAUUCCAUGGACUCAAGAUAGCACUGGGAUGUGUGAGCAGAAUGGGCAUUACACUUUCUUAUGAGAUGAUUUGUUUGGUCAAUGCUGAGUUAUAUCCAACAUUUAUCAGGAACCUUGGCGUAAUGGUCUGCUCCUCCAUGUGUGAUCUUGGUGGAACCAUAACGCCAUUCAUUGUUUAUCGACUGGCAGGUAUUUGGAAAGAAUUACCACUGAUAGUCUUUGCGGUUACAGGAAUAAUUUCGGGGAUACUUGUAUUUUUUCUUCCUGAAACCAAAGGAUGUGCUCUCCCAGAAACCAUUGAAGAAGCAGAGAAUUUACAUAGGAAAGACAAGUCAAUAAAAACAAACAUAACAUAUCUGGAAGUAAAGUCUAAAGAAUGAUAGAGGGGAAGAUGGACUUACUAUUCUUUACUGGACCAACCUAAUGUGAAUUUGUCCUAAAUUCAUUUUGCAUGCUUAUACAGCACAACAUAUUUUGCAGUGCUUUACUAGCAUUGUCAUCAGUCACUGUCUGACGUGGGUCUCACAAUCUAGAUUCCCUAUAAGUAUGUCUUUGGUGCGUGGGAGAAAACCAAAGGAAACCCAAGCAAAAACAGGGAAAAACAUACAAACUCUAUGCAGAUGUUAGUCUUAGGCUACAUUCACACAGUAUGUGUUUUGCGGCAAAAAAUACAGAUGACGUCCUUUUGGCAU